CGCGUGCGGGGCGCUCGGCCAUGCGCGGCCGGCACGCGGGAGAAUCCUGGAGGAAGGAAGCAGCUGAUGUAUCCCUAGGAGCGGGUCAAGAUCAAUUAUCAGAAGAGGGGAGCCUUUUCCAGCUGGCUAAUCAAGAAUUUGAAGACAGUGAGUCAGAAAAUGAGACCUUUGACCCUCAGGAAGAAAAUCCUGCAACAGAUGAGAAGCUGAAGUCCCCCCAAAAAACCGCCUCUGGUCAGAAAAUGGGACUGAAGGAAUUGGUCGUUCCUGAGGACUCUGCUGUCACUGAAACUCACCCUCAAGAGGAGGAAAAACCUACAAGGUCUUGCCCUUCGCCCACAGAGGUGGCAGAUGCAGUGAAGACAGUACAGCACUUCAUGGAGGAAUUCAGCAUGGACCUUUCCACUGUUACACAAGCCUUUCUGAAAAACAAUGGUGAAGUGGAGUCCACUUCCUACUUCUUACAGACCAGCCAGCGCUUGGAUGGGUACCCUAUAUGGAGCAGACAGGAUGACUUAGACUUGCAAAAAGCAGAUGAAAACAUCAGAAGCAAAUUAAUAGCAAAAUUUGGAGCUGAGAAUGUGGUAAAGCGUGUUGCAUUCAGGAAGAGUUAGAUGGUAGCUUGUGAAGGAUGGUUCAUGGACUGAGACCCUCCUAGGAGAGCAGAUCAGACUUGUAUCUCCAACCUUCAGGAAAAAAGAAGGGUGAGGAUUUGUAGAUGUUUGAAGCUGCUAGGAUAGCCACCUGCACUGUCAUUUCAUACAUCAUUUUCUGUCAACUCUUCCCAUGACUUUCCAUGGUUAUGCUUAGCCUUGUCUUUAAUAUAUUUUUUGUAAAUGCUGAAUAGCCUGCUUAUAAAUCUAAAACUUUAAAAUUGGGUAAAGCAUGAGCACUCCUUAAUUUCUUCAGAGCCAAGUUAACUAAGCAGUGGAAAUCUGUCUCUCCAUGGACUUGUGUACAGAUACCUCCUCCCACCACUGUGUAUAGGACAAAAGCAGAAUUGGGAUGAUACAUGAAAAUGCUUUUUAAUACAUCAGCAUUAAAGUAGGAACCUGUGCCGCCAUAUGCAAACAAAAACAGCACUGCCACCUUGUGUUUGUAAAGCUUCCCUGGCCGAGAUAAUCUCUCCCUUCUAGGUCAAAAUAAACACUUAUGUUGACACAAGACAAGAUGUGCCUUAGGGGUUACAUAGUAAGCACUUUGAUUAUCCUUUUAUGCUCCAGGCUUCUGUACCCCUCAGCUGUCUUAUAACCCUGGAAGACUCACUGAUGUUGAUGCAGGUAGAAGCUGCUAAGCCACCAGUUUUGCAAUGAUUGUCUGAUUGUCUCUGGAUGAGUUCUAAGCUUGUUGCUAAGCUUUUGGAGGGAGAGAUGGGUUCCACUGCAAAGUGCAGAUAUUAAAUAUUGUUACAUCCAUAUAAAACUACACUUCCUACUAGGGAAUUUGAUAUCCAGUAUGAUACAAAUGCUAGUUAAGGAUUGAAACUUUUUUGAUUAUUCAUACCUGACUAAAACUUGGAAGGGCUAAAGAAUAUUAAAUACUGUUUGUAGGUGUCCAGCUAAAAUCUUUCUAGCCUCUCUGCCUGUUGUGCUGCAGUUUUGUUUUAGUUUAAAUUUGUUGUUGGCAAAUGUGAGAAUAUAUUAUUUUCAAAUGCAUUUGUAACGUCAUGCGGGGAGAAUAUCCCUGCUAUUCAAUAGUGUUAUGUGAGAAGACCUUUCUAGAGAAAUGUUAUACGUGCACCGACUGAAAGACUAGUCAUUUGUUUUUACCUCUGUAAAGUGCUCUAACACCCAUUGCCUCUGUCACACUCAUGUCAUUUAGAAUGUGAAUACUAAAUUCAAAUCUUUCAAA